AUGUUCGGUGAUGAGUAUAUAAACCGGAAGGGUUACCCCAGCAUCAACGUGCAAGCAACAUGUGACAGUCAAGAAAGGUUCACUAGCGUUGCUGCAGAGUGGCCAGGAUCAGUGCACGAUUCUAGAAAUAUGGAGAAGGAGUCCUGUUCGGGAUAUUAUUCUCGUUAUGACGGUGCUGCGUGUUUACUUGGUGACUCUGGCUAUGGUAUUUCUCCUUGGUUAAUCACCCCGUUCAAACCUCCUCAAACCGAUAUUCAGCGUCGAUUUAAUCGUGUUCAUGCAAAGGAAAGGGUGGUGAUAGAAAGGGUGUUCGGACAGUUAAAGAAGAGAUUCCCGAUACUUGGCAACUGUGUUAGAUUGUCUCUAGACAGAGUACCAAAAGUAAUUGUCACCUGUACUGUGCUGCACAAUGUAGCUAAACACCUCAGAGAUCCUUUAAAUUUUGAAGACGACGCGAAUGAAGAUGGGUGUGUAACGAGGAUGAAGGAGGCGAAGAAGUGUUCGAAAACCAAGCAACAAAACAACGUGGCGAAACAGAAGCGGAAUGAAAUGCUGGGUUUUAUUUAA